AGAGGCGCCGGAGAGCCCGGCCUUGGUGCGGCCAUGCCGGGGACGUCUGCCGAGGGGCGAUGCGUGGUCUGCAGACGCGAGGGGCGCCAGGCCGCGAAGUACCGAUGUCCAGGCUGUCGGGAGAGAUACUAUAUGCACACACACUCACACAAACACAACGUGGUCAUGUGUGAUUGCAAUGAGCCUUUGAAUGUGUUUGGAAUUUUAAUAGAAGAGUGCACAUCCAGAGUGGAUCCAGCCACACGGCCUGCAGAUUCAGAUCCUUCCUGCCCCGUUCAGAGAGAGAAAUCCUGGAGGGCUGAAGGCAGCCCUUGGUCUGUGGAUGACAUUUUGACCGAAGAUGAUGAAGACGAUAGGGUGCCUCUCCAGAAACUUCAGCUGUUGAGGGAAUCGGAAGAGCUCCGAGCCAUCCUUUCGAAUCCUCACCUCCGCACGCUGCUGCUGACCAUUGACCAAGCCAACAACAAGAGUGCUCUCAUGAGAAGAUACAUGCAGGAGCCUGUCUUUGUGGAGUUUGCAGAUUGUUGCCUGAGGACUGUCGAGCCGGAGGUGGAGGAGAACGAAAUUCCAGAGUGAAUGUCUAGGAGUCAAGUAGAGGUUUCUCCAGCCCUGGAAAAUGGCUAGCAAAUCUGGAGAUGCUUUGUCUUAUUCACUGCCAGUUCUGUGUUGGAAUCUCUUGGACAGAAUGGGCCACGCUGCUCCCAAGAACAGUUGAUCCAAGCAUAGGGGUCAUUUUCACAAGCUGAAUUUUUUUUUUUUUUUUUGAACUACCAAAUUUUUGCCAGUUUCAAGAGUGGCAAUUCCUCUGGUUUUGAAAGGGAGAAAGAUGCUUUUAUUUUUAAAAUAAAUCCUUUAAUAAAGUCUAACCUCCUUUUUGCACUCUGGUCUGAUUUUAUAUCAUGUGGGAAUGGGAGAAAAGUCAAAAUUUUACUUCUGGAGUAUAAAACUGAUGCAGUAAAAAUAUCAAAACCAGCCAUAUUUAUAAUCAUCUCAAGUUUAUUACCUCUU